CCCCCCCAGGUGUAAUCACAUCUGUCUUUCCCUUCUUCCUUUGCUGUAGUGACCCAUAUACCCUUUGCAUUCAUACGAAAUGGUGCGUUAUAGUCCGCUGGGGCGCUUGUCGUCCACCAAUCACACCUCACGAACAACCAUGAUUGUUGUCUUUGCUGUUCUCGCUAUAUUGUCCAUUGCAUCGCUCGCUGCUUUACGGUCCUCGGAUUUCGCCAAUCGAUUGCACCUCUUUUCGUCUAGUCCUCCUCCACCAGCGGAGGUAAAAGAUCCUAGGUGUCCAGCCACUGGACCUAACAAUCAUUUUGAGCAACAAUAUGGCCAUGAACUCUUGCAACGAUCCAUCGCACAUGAAGGAACCAACAAGCGUCUGCGUGAGAAGAUAGCCAAGGCUCAACGGGGAGAAAGCUUGCGAAUGGCAGUGGUAGGAGGAUCGGUGUCGGCUGGUCAUACAUUGAACGAUUGGAGGAACAUCUACUUUUACCGAUUCUUAGAUUGGUGGAAUGAACAAUUCCCCGAAGGUCACCACACUAUCUUCCAAGGAGCUGUACCAGCCACCGACUCUGGCUACUACGCUUAUUGUUUUGAUAAGCAUAUACCAAAGGAUGUUGAUAUUGUGUUUGUGGAAUUCUCACUGAAUGAUGCCAGUACCUUACCUUGCGAAUUGAAUAAGCAAGGCAGUAUAGUUCAGGCUAAGAUGAUGGAAUCGCUGGUUCGAAACCUGCUUCGUCUGCCUAGAAAGCCCGCAGUUAUAAUGACUUCAGUUUUCAGUUACAAUGUGAACGAGUACUUAGAUGGCCAGGAAUCACAUUUGCCUAUCUCCAACUACUAUGAUUUGCCACAUAUUUCCAUGAAGAAUGCUCUCUAUGACCAUCUUAACCGCCACCCAGACGACCUCCGAUUCAAGCUGUACAAUGACGGUCACCACUUGUCAGACUGGGGACAUCAAUUAUUGAGCGACCUCAUCUCCCAUUACGUUGAGAGACAGAUGUGUGCCAUGUCGGACCAAGUCCAGCCACCUCUCUUGGACAACUACUCAUACAACGAGAGUAUUCCAAAAUUCGAUAUGUUCACUCACCGGUGGGAGCAAGACAAAUUUAGAGAACUUGAACCCUAUUGUCACACAUUUGCGGAUCAAUCCUACAAGCCCAAGGUUAUGGAGGGUUGGAAUUUCUGGAACUGGCAGAAUGAAAAGUUCUACAUUGUAGCCGAUAAGCCAGGCUCUAAUAUCACGUUUGAAGUUCAAGCAAACCAAGGCGUCGUGUAUCUCUACCUUCUUCGCAGCGCUGAUUAUAAUUUGGGCAAUGCUUGGUGCUGGAUUGGAGACGACAAGGAGAAGGGCCGGGAACUACAAGGUUACUGGGAUAAAUGGUAUAGCAUUGGUGUUAUGACUCCUGUUGCUGAAGGUCUAAGUCAAGGUCAACACCUGUUACACUGCGAGCUUAUGAACAAGACUUCUAACCCCAACGGUGGUACCAACUUCCGCAUUCUUGCUGUUGCCAGCGGAUGAUAAGCUGCUUUCUCAAUGGAAUGCUACAUGUAGGAAAUAUCUCUCCCCUACUACACUAGAUAUGUGGUUCUCUAAAAACCAUGAAAAAUUUUCUUCUUGAUUUGGAUAUACAGUAUGUCUAGUUAAAAUGAAUUUGAACCUAUUCAUCUAUAUCUUUCAUCUAUUGCUAUCAUUACACAGCGAAUGUUAAAAGACAUGUGUACCUUUGACCAUUCACCUGGCUGUUUCAUAAAAGCAAACUGAUUUAAACACUAUACACCACGAAAAUAAAAAAAUGCACCGUUGUCAUAAAAGCACAUAAA